AUGGACGAACUAUCAUUUGAUGAAUCUGAAGAAGAAGCAAAAACUGCUGAAAGAAAUUCUCCAACAGUAUCAAGUAGUGAUGAUUUACGAGAGCUAUGUUUUGUACUCGACGCAGAACGUAAUAAAAUGCACGAAUUAGCUGAACAAUGGAAGCAAUUUGGUACAAGUACAAUACAUAAACUUGAGUGUCAAAUAGUUGACUAUCAAGAAAAAUUAAGUGAGCUCGAACAGCGACAAAUAUUACUGUUAAAUGAAAAUGAAUCACUUAAAUCUUUCAUUAAUCAAACGAUGAUGAAUACAAAUGAAACUACUUUAAACGAUAAAAAAGUUCACCAAAAUGUGUCGACUCAAACACAAUUUGAGAAACAUGAGUCAUCACAUCAUUUAUGUUUUCAUCGGCCAAAGCCAAUGCAUGAUCGUUUAUCAAGCGCACCAUCCAAAGUUCAACUUAAAGAUUCGGUUAAUAAAUUAACACGCCAAAUAUCAAGCGAGGAUCCACUUCAACAACAGAUUUCUAUUCAGAAUAUGUUUGACGCAAUUAAAACAGCUGAAGUCUAUGAAUCAAUUGAAGAUAUGGUUGGAAAUAAUGAUGAAUCCGAGAAAAAAUUACUCAAAGAAUUCUGUAAUCUUAUUUGGAAAUAUCUUGAAGAUCGCUCAAAGCCGAAAAGCAGCUGUUUACUAUAA